AUGAAGUCUGCGGAGCUUCAUUUAUUGCGACAAUGUCAAGCGGAGACAUUUUCUGCUGAGAUUGCGGCCUUACAACGUAGGGAACCACUACCUAAAUCCAGUAAAAUUGCAAAACUUUCCAUUAAGCAGACUUCAGAUGGCCUUCUUCGACUAGAUGGGAGAGUAUCUGCUACGCCUGAUCUCUGUAACGAUGUCAAGUAUCCUCCGAUUUUAGAUGGUCGUCACCACAUUAUCCACUUACUUAUUCAUUACUAUCACGUUUGGGCUUGUCACGGAUAUAACGAGACCGUUGUGAAUGAGUUGAGACAAAGGUUUUGGAUUUUUCACUUACGUCCUACUGUUCGUUCAAUCGCUGCUAGAUGUCAAGCAUGUCGUCUGAGAAAGGCUUCAUCUUCCAUUCCACCUGAGGGAGAUUUGCCGGUUUGCAGAUUAGAACACCAUCAGCACCCAUUUUUAAACACCGGACUUGAUUACUUUGGACCAGUUGACGUUACCAUUGGAAGGAGACACGAAAAACGCUACAUUGCGCUCUUUACCUGUCUUUCCAUCAGAGCAGUUCAUUUAGAGGUUGUUGGCAAUUUGAGUGCGGAUGCUGCUAUAAUGGCACUUAGACGUUUUAUGGCACGCCGUGGAGUACCAAAGAAGAUUUUUUCUGAUAACGCCAAAGCAUUUGUCGGUGCCAGUCGUGAAAUAAGAUCUAUGUGGAAAACUAUGAAUCAUACAGAAGUGGCAGAGUAUGCAGUAUCGCGCGGCAUAGAAUGGAAUUUUAUCCCACCGCAGUCGCCUUUCAUGGGUGGAUGUUGGGAGAGGCUGGUUCAAUCGGUCAAGAGAGCGUUGACAGCUACGGUCAAGAGCAAAUCAUUUAAGGAAGAAAUUCUCGUCACUCUUUUGGCCGAGGUAGAACACGUUAUAAAUUCACGGCCAUUAAUCCAUGUUCCAGUUGCAGCUGAUGAUGAACCUGCACUUACUCCAAACCAUUUUCUCCUUGGUCGCUCCUCUGGAUUGCCUGGACCCGUGUCUUUGAACGAUAGAGAUUUAUUAGGAAGAUCGCACUGGCGUAAAGCCCUAAGAUUAGCAGAUCACUUUUGGUCUAGAUGGCUCAAAGAAUAUGUGCCCAGUUUGACACCACGCAGAAGCCAGAACUCUCAGCUACGAUAUUCCAAUUUGUCAGUAGAUGACAUAGUCUUGAUUGCUGACGCGAAUAUGCCACGGGGACUUUGGCCUAAAGGCCGUAUAACUAGAGUGUUUCCUGGUCAUGAUGGAAUAGUGCGUGUGGCGGACGUAGCCACAACUGGAGGAGUUCUUAGGCGUCCCUCGCGUAAACUUAUCAAGCUGAGCACUGUGUAA